AUGCCUCGGCUCCCCAGCAGAGCAGGGCUGUUCUUCGGUGUGGUGCUGCUGGCAGCGCUGCUGGCGGCGGGGUGGGGACUCCCCACGAAGAAGCCGAGGGGUUCCCGGCUCCAGAGCCAAGCGAGGCUGGCGGAGGUUUCAGCCUCCCCAGAUCCCAGCUCUCCUAGGGAAGAGGAGGAGACCCCACUCCAGGCAGGGCCACAAGGACGCAGGCACUGGGCUGUCACUGAGCCAGUGGCUCUGACGCCAGAAGACACAGCCCCUCCUGGGACCCAGGAAGACACCUCCUUGCUGCUGGAGCUGCAGACGCUGCCAGGAUUGGCCAACACGGACUUGAGUACCCCAAACCCCGACAUCCAGGUGACCAUCGAGGUGGGGGAGGACCCCCAGGCCAAGGUGGAGAAGGACGUGCUGGCCAAGCCAAGUAAUGUCUGGCCCUUCGGCUGGCUGUCUGCUGCCAUGGAGACCUCCAGGUCCCUCCUCCGGGACUACUUGAGGGAUGACGAGCCUCCAGAGGAGUGGGGCCCCUGGUCUCCCUGCAGUGGGAGCUGCGGCAACAGCACCCAGCAGAGGGCCCGGUCCUGUGGCUUCGCCUGCACUGUCACCCAGACCAAGGACUGCGACCUGCCCCACUGUCCUGGCGCCAAGGACAAGGACCCCUUGGACUUACCCAGUGAGGAGUGGCCACUCCUGGCCCCCAAUGCUACGGAUAUUCUGGACCCAGGUGUGGACCACUGUGAGAAGUGGCUGAACUGCAAGAGCGACUUCCUAGACAAGUACCUGAGCCAGGUGCUGCAGGACCUGCCCAGUUGCCCAUGCACAUACCCACGGGAGGCUGCGCACAGGAUCAUGAGCUUGCAGGACAAGCAUACCGGCCGCAGCGUCCAGUGGAGGGACGCCAGUGGCCCGGGAGAGCGCCUGGACAUCUACAAGCCCACGGCAAGCUACUGCCUGCGCUCCCUGCUGUCCCAGGACAGCAAAACGCUGGCCGCCCAGCACUGCUGCUACGACUCCAGCUACCGGCUGCUGACCCGGGGCAAGGGCGCUGGCGCACCUCACCUCAUCAGCAGGGAAGUCUCACCUGAACUGCACUUCAGGUUGGACAAGAUGCCCUGGAUCAUGUGUAAGGGGGACUGGAGCCGCUACCACUCUGUGCGGCCCCCCAACAAUGGCUGGGCCUGCCCUGCCAACCCUCCUGAGCCCGAGUAUCUGGCCCAGCUGCAGGAGGCCAAGGAGUACUAA